AUGGCUUCCGAAACUUCUGAAUCGCGAUCCAAAAUUGCAUUAAUAACCGGGAUUACGGGCCAGGACGGCUCUUACCUGGCAGAGUUACUUAUCAAUAAAGGUUAUGAGGUUCACGGAAUUAUUAGGCGAUCAAGUUCAUUUAAUACUGGUCGAAUCUCUCACUUAUAUGAAGACCCUAAAACUCAUACAGCUAAAGCUAUGAAGUUGCACUAUGGUGAUUUAACUGAUAGUACUUGUUUGGUAAAAAUUAUCUCUUCGGUACAGCCAGAUGAAAUUUAUAACUUAGCUGCACAGAGUCAUGUCAAAGUUUCGUUCGAUUUGAGUGAGUACACCGCUGAUGUAGACGCUGUUGGUACGUUGCGCUUGAUCGAUGCCAUUCGGACCUGUAAUCUAAGUAACAAGAUUCGAUUCUAUCAGGCAUCUACUAGUGAAUUAUAUGGGAAAGUUCAAGAAAUACCCCAGAAAGAAACUACGCCAUUCUAUCCUCGAUCACCCUAUGGUGUUGCUAAAAUGUAUGCUUUUUGGAUUGUGAUAAACUAUCGCGAGGCCUAUGAUAUGUUUUGUUGUAACGGUAUUUUAUUCAAUCAUGAAAGUCCAAGAAGAGGAGAGACAUUUGUUACAAGAAAAAUUACACGUGCAGUUGCUAAAAUACAUUUAGGUUUGCAAGAGGAGGUUCACCUUGGAAAUAUAGACUCGUGCCGAGACUGGGGCCACGCUAAAGAUUAUGUCGAGGCAAUGUGGAUGAUGCUGCAGCAUGACAAACCUGAAGACUUUGUUGUAGCUACCGGUGAAGUACACAGUGUGCGCAAAUUUGUUGAGGCUGCUUUCGCUGUCGUCGGAAUAAAAAUUGGCUGGAAAGGUUCUGGACUUGAUGAAGUUGGCUUUGAUGAAGCAAAUGAUACAGUUCGUGUUCGAAUUAAUCCUAAAUUUUAUCGUCCUGCAGAAGUUGAUUUCUUGCAAGGCGAUAGUACCAAAGCUCGUGAAAAGUUGGGAUGGAAACCGAAAGUAACAUUUGAGGAGCUUGUUACAGAAAUGGUUACAUCAGAUGUUGAAUUAAUGAAGAAAAAUCCAUUGGCUUAA